UACAAUUGAUAACACAUGCUUAUUUUCCUCAUUGGAGACCAAAAAAUUCGACAUUUCAACUUUAGUUUUACAAUACCUGCAUAGCUGUAAAGUUCGACAUGAAAAUCCUCUUGAUUGCACUGCUUGCACUUACAAUCUACGCACAGGAUCCAAAUAAUCCUGAUACAUCUAAUUCGAAUAGUCCUGAUGCAUCUGAUUCAAAUAAUCCUGAUGCAUCCAAUGCAAAUAAUCCUGAUACAACCUCUUCAGGAAAUGAACAAAAUAAAAUUGAUAUUGAAGGGAUAAAAUGUCUCUGUAAUCUUCAACUCGGUAUUGGUGUGAAUAGUACCGAUCAAGGUGGACCGAAAGAUUGUGGUUUGGGUGAUCCAGCACCAAAACUCUCGAUAGACUGCUUGGCAGUUCUGGAAGGUAAGGUUGAUGGUGUCUUCUAUAUAUUAGAAGUCGAGAGGAAUAGUAUUUGGGGAGGCGGCUCUUGGGUCCGGUUUGAUCGUGAUAAAGAUGGUUUGGAGAUCACCGCCCUGAAUUUUCCGAAAGGACUGUCAAAAAAAGAAGAUUUAACAAUACGCGUCAAUUCACUUGCAUUGGAGAAAAAUUGGCAAGCGGUAGUCUAUGAGUCGGAAGAUAAAGACGCUUUUCAUAUUUGUCAGCAUGAUCAACAACCUGGAACGUGGGGAUACAAUUUGAUCGAAAUAAGCCAACAAGUUCUUCUGGAUGGUCAAGCGUGUCCCAUAAAAAAGGAUGCAAAAACGUCAGUAGUUCCAAAACCACCGCAACCAUUACCGCCAGCAAUUUACCAAUUUCCGGAAAUGCUGCCGUGUGAUAGACUGAGUUGGAUGGCCAAAAUGAAUGAUCCAUCUGGAGGAUUCGCCUUUCAAGUCUGGUUUGAUUUUACACCUAAAGGUCCGUGUAAACCUUCAGAACCAAAAAAUUAAGAUUGUAUACAAUAACGUCUAUUGCGAUUCCAUGAAUAUUUUUUAGACUUGAAGUCUUCAAUAUUUAACAAUAAACUGUAAUCUGAA